AUGGACGACGAUAGACAGGACGAUUACUCGACCCCGAGGCGGAAACACCGACCUGGUCUGACACGCAUCGCAGCAGCUUGCGAAAGAUGUCGUCGUCGCAAGCAAAAAUGUGAUCAAAAAGAUCCAUGCGGACCUUGUGAAGCCGCUGGCGUCAAAUGUGUCUUGUCUGAAAGACUGACCGUCGUCUCUGGUUCAGUCCAGGUGGAUGAAGAAGCAUUGCGAGAUGAGAUACGCCAUCUACGAGCACAGGUCACCGACCUGAACCGGCAGCUUGUUGAGGAGCGGCAGAACAGCAUCACACGCAUGGUAGGUCAGAGCAUCGACCAACAGCUAUCGCCACCAACUUCGGCCCAUCGUUCAAUUAUAUUCAAUCCUACCUCUCCAGAGGCACGACGCGAUCAGGGUUAUUAUCCAAAUUACACGGGUCGCAUCCUGCGGCCUACUUUUGGUGGUGCUCACCAGAACCGUGUGGAUGCAGGCGACAAAAGUAGUGCCUGGACUUUGUGGAAAGAUGAUCAUUCUGCAGAAACCCCUACAGAUCAUGCUAGUGCUGACAGCAUUUCUCUCUAUGAGGAUCAUGGCUUGGCCCUAAUUGACAUCUUUUUUGACCAACGUUGGCCUCAUCUCCCUAUCCUGCACAAACCGACUUUCUUGCGGGAUAAAUUCGAGCCGUUCGCCAGAGGGCAGGACAUCCCAGGCAUAGCUCGAUUUCAGCUGUAUAUGGUCUUCGCUAUAGCUGCACUUGAGCACGGCAGAAUCAAGGGCAAAAAGUUGUACAACCACCGAGACCUCUUUGACGUAGCUGUACGUGAUCUGACGAGUGUUCUACUCUCUGAUGACCUUGCUUGCAUUACUUCGCUCAUGCUACUACUGAUGUAUGGACGUACCGAACCUCAGUCAGUCAAUAUGUGGCACACCACUGGUCUUGCAUUACGCACUGCUAUCGGCAUGGAUUUACAUCGAGCUGAAAGCAUUCGUCAUAUGGAAUUGAAGGAGGCUGAAAUGUCCAAGAGGAUAUUCUGGAGCAUAUAUGCUUAUGAUCGCAGCAUUGCAAUUUAUCUGGGCCGACCCUUGGGUAUACAGGAUGCGGACAUCAACAUGCCUUAUCCCUUGCAAUUGACCGACAACGACCUCGAAACUCAGACUCUGCAGACGGUAGUGCCGAGGGUAAGGACGGAUGUCAGAGACAUGUCAACAUUCAACCAUCUGAUCAACUUGCGCAAGAUCAACUCUGAAAUCUACAGAACGUUUCACUCGAUCAGUAAUAGCAGCUUGCUAGGACCGGCUGACUUGGACGUCGUUCGUCAAGACUUGUACUCACAGCUUAAUGACUGGUUGAUUACUGCGCCAAGGUACCCGAUGAGCUCUUCCAUGUUCCAAUCUCCUGAAUGGUUUCAGACCGCCUAUCAUCUCGCGGUUAUUGCGCUCAACAGACCAUCCUUUGCACAGCCACAACCGUCAAUUGAAUCUCUCCAGCUAUGUGCCGACUCUUCAAUAAGCCUGAUCAGUUGUUAUGGAUCACUGUACGCUAAGAACAAAGUCAGCUAUUCCUUCGUGGCUUUAUCAGCAAUCUUCAUGGCAACUGUGACGAUGCUUUACUCUCUCAGAGCUAGUCCGCAAGUGCGCAAAGAUCUCACACGACAAGUCAUCGAGACCAAUAUUAACAGCAGCUUGUCACUUUUGCGUGGUAUCUCAUCUGGUCGUGAAGUUGCUGAAAGAGCUGCUCGAGUCAUACAAGUGCUUGGCAAUGCUGUACUAUCCUUGUUCGACAACGAAGGCUACGCAGCGCCUGAUCUAAACAGCAAUGCAAACGACAAACGCAACGUGGACAAGGAAUUCCUUUCUUGGUUCGGACUGAAGUCCAGAAUGGUCAAGAACGCGGCUGUAGCAGAUGUGAUGCCUCAGCAGACUCAAUGGACUGGACAGGAACUGAGCUCCGAUCCAACUCCUGACACUCCGUUGGCAACGUUGAGUGUUGAUAUGGCUUGGGAAGACCUAUUUGCGCAAGGUUUUGGGAUGGAGAAUUCGGCUGGCAUAGACUUCUUUCCUCAUUCUGGUUUCUAA